CUGUUUUAUUGAGUCAAUUUUGACAUCUUUCGGGAAUAAUCAUUGUUUAUUGGCCAGCACAGGUAGAAAAUCAAAUUUUCAGACUGGUCGCUCAGAAAUUUUGUUGAUUUCCCAUUUAUUUCGCCUGCCUUUGUAAAAUUUAGCUCAAUUAUUGGGCAUGAUUGCUCUACCAAGCUCAUAGAAGAGCUUCACGCGUGAAAAAUUUUGACUAGGUGAUGUUACUUUUUCCAGUGACCUUAACAAUUCUAGAACAAAAUCUUUCAUUUACAUAAUUCUUUGAUACUACCCAAAAUAGCCCUAUUUUUUCUAAACAUUAUUACCCAAAUUUAUUUCUCAUUAUUACCCAACAUUACCUAUUAUUACAGUAAGAAUUACCCAGCGUUACCUUGUAUAUAGUUCUUUGAAGUUUGAUUAGCAAAAUGUGGCUGCUGGAUUAAAGUUACUUCUUCUCUUUUAAUCUGUCACUGACCUACCCGACCCAUAACUCUUGUUAAGUACAAAACAAAAGCUAUACACAAAUAUAGUUUUUUCAUGUGUAAAUAAUUCAGCAAUCUAGACAACCGCCUAAUCACAGCAGCAAAUUCAACUUAUGCAACAAAACACAUGAAAAAAACUAUCAACAUGUUUUUUGCUACCAGAAUAGGUGAACAAAUAUUGAAAUCACUAAUAAACAGUGGCAAAAUCAUUACUUUUGAUGGAACUUUCGACCGGACAGAAUGAAUCGCGAAGUUAUCCGCUUGCUUGGAAUUAUCAGAAUCAGAGGGAAACCCACAAACUGCGUCCUGCUUACGACAACUUGGAUUAUAAUCUGUUUUUUGGUUUUAUUCGGAGAGGCUAGAUACUCAGACAACGACCAUCAAUUCAAGUUCGAAAUCACAGAGGAGAACCACGGCACAUGGCUGGCGGAGAAAAUCAAGUUGAACUCCUCCAAGUACGUGCGACCAGUGAAGAACCAGUCCUCGACUGUGGACGUGACCUUCAGACUGAACCUGUACCAGAUAUUGGGCGCAGACGCUGUCAACCAACACAUACACUUGCACUUCUGGGCAGAAAUGAAAUGGUACAACGAGUUUAUCCAGUGGGAUCCGAGUAAGUUCGGGGGCAUCAACAGACUGGACUUCGAGUCCAAGUACAUGUGGAUCCCAGACAUCAUGUUCUUCAACCAGCUGUCGGACGAGCACUUCAACGAACACUUCCCCGCCCCGCCGUCCAUCAUGCACGACGGGGAGGUACUGGUGCUGAAGCCCUUCCGGGUCAACCUCCAGUGCCGACUAGAAGUGCUUCACUUCCCGUUCGACUUACAG